UAAAUACUUAGCUGCGACUACCUCAUUCCCUCUUUCUUCUUCUCAUCUUCAUCUUCAUCUUCAUCUUCAUCUUCAUCAUCAUUCGAGUCAAUCAUCUUCUUUACAAUCUUCACUCAUCAACAACUUUCGCCUUCAUCAAUUCAAUAUCAAUCAUCUCACUUGAAUCAAAUCCUUCAGUCGCAGUCAUGUCAACACCAGAGAUCCCUAUCAUCAAAGUGUUAUUCACACUUCAUGCUGGCAUGGAUGCUUUGGAUUUCAUCGGUCCUCUUGAAGUCCUCACCCGUGCUCAGCAUGAUAUUAAUGAUCCAAGUGAGUUUCAUCGAUUCAAUCUUGUGAUGAUUGAGUACUCGUAUAUUUAAGAUCGAGGAAACCUCUCUUUGUUUACUUUUGGCCAUCAUCCUUUCUUUCUUGGUUCAAUCGCUAACCGCUAUCUUUUAAUUCAGAGUCCAAGGCAUUCGAUUGCAAAUUCGUUGCUGCCGAGGAAUUCACCGUUUCCAAUCAAGGAGCUGCAUUCCGUGCUCACUUUAACUACAAAGACGCUUAUGCCAACCUCGCAGAAUAUGAUAUCCUCAUUGUUCCAGGUGGUGGAUCUGAUCAAGUCCUCAAGAACAAAGCCGAACCUCUUGGUCUCAUUAGAGCCUUCUCCGACUUGCAAAAGAAGCAUCCCGAGAAGGAACGUACACUUCUUUCUAUCUGUACUGGAUCUCUCUUCCUUGCUCAACAAGGUAUCCUUCAUGGUCUUUCUGCUACCACCCACCCAGACUACUUCGCCAAGUUCGAAAAUAUCAAUAGUGAGGCGGCACAAAGAGAUUUGGCUGAACGUUGUGAUGUUGUUGAAGAGAGAUAUGUGGUGAACAAUCUUCGUUUCGAUAUUGAUUCUCCAGAGGAAAGCCAAUAUGUUCGUCGCAAGUCUGAUGCUAGACGUCCAUCAAAUGCUCGUAAAGGUUCCAAUGCUUGGAAGGAAUCUAACAAUCGUCGUGAGAGUAAUGCUCGUAGAGCUGCUUUACGUCUUGGUGGUCUUCGUGUUAUCACCACUGGUGCUAUCACAUGUGGACUUGAUGCUAGUUUGUAUCUCGUUAGUGUUAUGGUGAAUGAAGAGACGGCUGCGGAGAUUGCUAAGUUUAUGGAGUAUGAAUGGAAGAAGGGUAUUGUUGUUGAUGGAAUUGAUAUUUAAGGCGUCUUGGAGUUGGAAUGAAAGAAUGUAUCAUGCAAAGCAUAGAAUACAAUGGCUUGUUGGCUAGACAGAUAGCUUCUGAUAGGAAUUGGGAAAGGAUUGGAUGGGCGGAUGGACGGAUGGACGGAAACGGAUUAUGACAUGAAAUGAUAUCUUAGUAAAUAGCUUAGCUAUACUUUACAAUCUCAACUUUUUACUUUUUAUU